AAGUGCUACAUUUUCAUCCCAGCGCUUCAGCUGUUCGGGUCAAAAUGCUUAGUAAAGUUUUAGGUUCGAAAUAUGUUUCUAUCGCCAAGUCGUGGAUCCCAACUAUGGCAGUGUGGGGCACAGCGGGAGGCGUAGCACUGGUCCACUUCACCGACUGGCGACUAAUAUUGGACUAUGUUCCUUAUGUCAGUGGUAAAUUUAAAAAGGAGGAGUAAUCCAUGAAGGUUUUUGGAGACUGAAGCCAACUGCUUGAGGAUCUUUAUUGUGACACAACUACAUCACUGACAGCAGGACUCCAUGCUCUGGCUGAAAUUCUCUUAUAGCUGAUGUGUAUAAUCCAAAUAAUUUAAUAUUUCUUUGUUGUACUGUUUGUUUUUGAAUUAAAGUGUGUACACAAU